CCUCCAGCUGGCCAUGUAAUGAAGUCAGGGACCAUGCCAGGUGGUACAGCAGCCACUGAAGAGCUAUGUGUUGAGCACAUUCAUUCCACACCUGGAAGCACAGACAGGCACGAUUCUCCUGUGGACCCCUGUGGAGGGAUCAGCUGUGCCUGUGAAGUUGCUGAUGGUUUGCCCCGGCUCCUGGACACCGACCACCCUCCUUGCCAGUUAGAUGUGAGGCUCCUGAGACACAAAGCUUCCUGGAUCAACCCAGUGUGUGUGGAGCAGCCCCUACAAGACUUAUGCCCACAGAGACCAACAGUGCAGAAGAGUGGGAAACACUUGGUAGUGGACACUCUGUCUCCCUCGGGCCUUUCACUGUUGUCCCACAGGGACUCCCUAGCUGAGACGACAUUGUCUGAGAGGACUGUGGAUGUCAACUGCAGCAGCUCUGCUCAUGGCCCUGUGGGAAAGAAUGGUGACUUUUCCCUGGCUACAGAAGAGCAAGAGGUUCAGCCUCAGCACAAAUCUCUGCUCAGAAACCCCAAGACUGUGGCCACUUCCCUAUCCCCUAAGGAGGACAGUGCCCGUUUUGAGUCUACUCACUUGACAGCUUCUGCAGAUGACGGUGCUGCUCGGAGCAGCAGAAGAAACCAUUCGUGGGAUUUCUUCCCACCUGAGAUGUUCAUGCUGCCCGUUGACAUGGAAGAGGAAAAUGUUCACUUUUAUGCUGCAGACAUGAUUAUCUCAGCAAUGGAGAAUAUGAAAUGCAACCUCCUGAGUCAACAGCAUCCAGAGAUCUGGGGCACAGAGGAAGUCAGCGGGUCUCAUGGGAAUGAUCCGACUCAUGAUGAAGUGGCCUUUUAUACCCUCGCACAGCAAGAGCCAGGGUCCUCCACUUCUUCAGACAGUGGCUAUGAAGGUUGUGGUGUGCUCCAGGUCAGCCCAAUGACGGAGAAACUUUCUUACUCUCCUGUGGCGAGAGAGGCCUGCAAACAUGACUUGGAUGAAUUCGUUACAUUAGAACUUGGGGAAUGUAAUGACAUCACAGAAAGCAGCAGACGCCCCUGCAACUCUUUAAAGAGUGUGACUUGUGAGCCAGAAUUCAGUCCUGCUGGGCUGUUAGCCAGAGAGUUGUUCCGAGGGUUCUGGAAGAGCCAGGUGCUGUUGGAAGUCAAUUCUCAGCUGCCAGUCACCCUGACAGCAGCCAGCUCAAGAGUUGAGAAUGAAGAGUGUGCUGGAGAAGACUUUAACUCCAGUGUGGAUGCAACACAGGAAGUCAUGCCUAAGUCUAGGGUCCCAGGGGCUGAAGACUGGGUGCCCCCUGGAUUUCAAAUCAUACUUAGUGUUCACACUCCAGUCAGGAGGGACAUGGCCGUAGUGGCCCAGAAUUUUUUUUGCGCUGGAUGUGGGACUCCAAUACUGCCCAAGUUUGUGAAGCGGCUCCGGUACUGUGAGUAUCUGGGGAAGUACUUCUGUGACAACUGCCACUCAGCUGCAGAGUCCUGUAUCCCUGCCAGGAUCCUGAUGAUGUGGGACUUUAGGAAGUACCAAGUCAGCAAUUUCUCUAAAUGGCUACUGGACAGCAUAUGGCACCAGCCUGUCUUCAACCUGCUAGGCGGGCACCACAGCCUCUAUGCAAAAGCCAAGGAACUGGAUAGGGUGAAGGACAUCCAGGAGCAACUGUUUCAUAUCAAGAAGCUAUUGAAGACUUGCAGGUUUGCUGGCAGUGUACUGAAGGAGUUUGGGCAGGUUCCCAGCCAUCUGACUGAUAACUGCCAUCUGUUCUCCAUGGACGACCUCCUCAGGACCAAGAAAGGCCUGCUGGCCCCCUUGCUGAAGGACAUCCUGAAGUCUUCCCUUGCCCACGUGGCCAGCUGUGAGCUGUGCCAGGGGAAGGGCUUCAUUUGUGAGUUUUGUCAGAGCACAACUGUCAUCUUCCCAUUCCAGACCAUGACUUGCAGAAGAUGUUCAGGGUGCAGGGCUUGCUUUCACAAACAGUGUUUCCAGUCUUCCAGAUGCCCCCGCUGUGCCAGGAUCACAGCUCGGAGACAGCAUUUGGAGAACUUGCCCUCUGCAGCGACAUGACAGUCCUGAUGCAUUUGUUCAAAGCGCUUUACAAUGAAACCAAAUUGUGUCUGCU